GUGACCUUCCUGUGUGGAAUCCCGGGAAUACAGAGGACGGGGACAUCUCUCUGGUGGGUUCCCAUGACUGGAUCCAUCUAGAUCCUUGUGUCCUUCUAAAUACUCCCACUCCUCCAUGGAGAAAUAGACAGUGACACCCUGACACCUUAUAGGAACCUGCACACACAAUGAUACAGUCACCAUCCAGACACAUCCCUUGUCUGUUACUGGAGAAUGUCCCAGAAUUCCCGGCACCGCUCACCUCUCCUGUCAGCAGCUCAGUGAUCUCUCUGGUGACUUCUAGAAUCUUCUUCUUC